AGGAGACAGAAAGAGAAAGGGCAGGAACGAGCUGCCUGCUGCUCUCUGUGCGGCCCUCCUUGAACCCUGGCUUCUUACCUUCCGUUCUGACCAGGACCUCUGCCCGCGGAGGAGACUUGGCCCCUACUUCCACACUGAUUAAUCAAGAGUGAAAAACCUGAAGCGAUGCAAGCAGGAAGAAGAAAUUAAACUAGGCUGAGGAGCGAUGCGACAGGCGUGAUGGAGGUCGAGUCCUCCUACUCGGACUUCAUCUCCUGUGACCGGACAGGCCGGCGGAAUGCAGUCCCUGACAUCCAGGGUGACUCGGAGGCCGUGAGCGUGCGGAAGCUAGCUGGAGACCUGGGCGAGCUGGCACUUGAGGGGGCAGAAGGACAGAAGGAGGAAAGUUCCCCAGAGAAGGAGGCCAGCAGCCAGCCCCAGGGCAGUGAUGCGAGCAGCUCAUCUUGAAUCCAGCCUUGGUCCUGCAGGCUAACUGUCCCCUCCUGGACUGGAGCCCUGGCACAACCCAGCAGUCUCUUCUCUGAGCAGCCAGAUGGACUGAGCCUCGUGGAGGCCUCUGUGCCGCCUAUUCCAGCAAAGUCCUCUGCCCACACCAUGGUUCCACUUCCCUUCCACCUCCCCGCAGUGCCCAGGUACACCAUCACCACGGGAUGUUAUUUAUUCAGCCAGGUGGGGCCCGAGCCAGGCCCCGCCCCCCAGGUGGGCAGUCCCUACCUGGACAGGGACUGUUCCCACACCAUUCAUCCCUCCAGUCAGCCGCCUAUGUCAGAAAGAUCUUCCUAUCCCUUUUUUAAAGCCUCUUUUACAUUUUUUAAAAACAUAACUUUUUUCAGCAGAGAAGGGGGAGCUGACAAUCACUUUUUUCGGUUUUGGUUUUGGUUUGUUUUGGAAGCCGUUUUAAGCUUAGUUCUGAUGAUCUAUGCAGCUCUAAGUUCCCCUCAUGGAGCCUCAGAUCCAGUUGUAGGGAAAGGAUUUGGACUCAAAACUAGCUGACCAGUUCUUUGCCCUUUGUACCAAGAGAGUGAUACUUAGGUUCCAGGAAAUAAACGCUGAUGAUUUGUGU